AUGUCGGGCCUCGUCGCUUAUGCCAGCAGCGACGAUGAGGGGGACGAGGAGCAAUCGACUCACGUGGAGCAGUCCCAGGUUCCAACUACAGAGGCAGUACCGGACAAAGCAGCGCCCGAGGGCCGCACAUUAGCGGCAUCACCAUCACCCGCAGCUCCUCAGCCCACCGCGCCGGUGCAGCAGAUUCCGAGUGCCUCAAUCGCGGAUUCAGAACCCCCUACGCCGGCAAUUGCCACCGUUACGCAGAACGCCGUCCCCUUGGGCCCAUCUCUUCCCCCAGAAGAGCAGCAGGAAGACCUCGCAGCCGAUGACGAAGACGUGACGGGUGCACCGUCAUCACCAUAUACAGCCACACGCGCCCUCAUCCAUGACCUCACCCUCCCCACCAUACCCAACCUCGACAUUCCUCCUUCGCCGCCCGGCUCACCUCCCACGCGCGCGAGCAAGACAUUUGAGCAGUUCCUCAAGCUCAAGAAGACGGGCACGCACUUCAACGCCAAGUUGCAGAACUCCACGGCGCUCAAGAACCCGAGCGUCACGGACAAGUUGAUGGACUACGCCGGCCUAGAUGGCGUGAAGCAGUACGAGACGACGUUGCCGCUGGACCUAUGGAACCCGGCUGCAUUUCCGGAAUCGGCUUAUGUAGAUAGGUUGAAGCAAACGCGGGAGAAGCUCGUCAAGCGCAUGGAGUCGAGCAAGUCGUCUGGGGCAAGGUCCACCGUCGACUUUGUUCCUGCGUCGAUGCCCUCGCCUGGUACCGGCGGUGGGCCGUCGGUCGGCGGCCUCAGCAGGGGUGAGAAGCGCAAGGGAGACUGGAAGUGA